AUGGAAUCUUCUUAUUUCGAUACUAACUAUGAGGAUGAUGAAAAUUUCAAACUGAUGAAGCUACCUGAUGUUGCUUUACAUGAUGUUAUUAAAUUCUGGAGCGCAGUGGAUGUUUUUUGGAACAAUGUGCAUUAUGGGCUCAAGGAUAUGUUCAUUCAUUUGAACGAAAUCUUAAAUUGCUCAGUUUUAUCGAUUGAAUCAGAUGAGAGAACUCCAGAUGAGGCGUUGAUGAUGGCUCUUGAAUUUUUGAGCUGGAAAAAUCAAACUUCGAUUCGAAAAUUGGAAAUUGGAAGUUUCGAAUGUGAUCUUAAAGAAAUUCUUGAAGCUAUAGAGGUCACAGAAACCCUGAAAAUCACCUCUGAAUUCGAAAUACAUCCCGGAGAUUUUGAAUUUUAUUCAAAAUCUGCUACUAUUAAAAAUUCGUGGUGGAUCGAGAACUUGGAACCCUUCAAAAACUGUGUGGAAAUUGAAUUAUCGGAAUCUGAAAUUUCCAAUCAAUCAAUUAUCGAUUUUUAUGGAGAAUGGACUGCUGGAAGCUAUAGUAAUCUUAGAUGGUUAUCGGUGAAGAGUGAAAACUUGAACGAGGACUUGAAAUUGAAUGGAGUCCCUUUUUUGAAGGAUCAAAAGGAUUUGAGAACCAGUAUAGAAAAAUUAAUCGGUGACAAUAUCCGCGCAAUUUACGGUUCGGUGAUGGUUUCCAAAAAAGAUGGAACUCCUGCAUUUCUUCGAUUUUAUGAAAAAGAAGGACGUUUUGAAUUGCUUAUUUGA